UCGAUUGAUUUUUUUAUAUCAUAUAUAUGGAUAGGGGAUUGCCAGUAUCAAACCAUUCACUACUGGGUGGUCAAUUUGGAUUCAAAUUAAUAACAGUAUAUUGUUGUAAAUAGGAAAGGUUUAAGUCCAUGCCAUUUAUUCCUCAGAGUGACAUCUACGUUAUCAUGUUCAGCCUGCACCAGAACAGGAGUUUGUUCAACGCUCUUCAUGUUUGGUUUUAAUUGAGUUCCUAAAAAAGGAAUGCUCAAUAUAUAUUUCUGGGUUCAGACAGUGGUGAAUCGAGACAAUGUGGUUCUUUCAAUGAUAUCAUCAAGAUCAUAAGGAAUAAAAUGAUCAGAUCCUCGCCCAACUUGGAGGAAAUUUAAAACGAAUCAACUUUAAGGGAAAUCAGAAAAACUAUUGCAUAUGUUGAUGAUUUUAUUGACGAAUCAUUGCCGGAGAACGUGUAAUACCUGGAAAUCAAAGAUUAUGAGCAUUAGCCGUUCAAGAGGGUGCUAAUUAGUUCGAUCUAAAAUGUGAUUAGUAACGAACGAUAAAAUUUGUAUUCAAUCAGCGCACCCAUAUCUCCAAACAUAAUGCCUUAGUUGUAAAAGUCUGUAUCUGAAUACCUACAGAAAACAGAGUUUAUGGAGAGGAGAGAAAAUUCGAAGAGCGUUAAGGACAAGAGACAAUCAGAAAUAGUUCAAACCCUAAAAAUAGACUAUUCAUUGAAUAUUUAACCUAUUUAAUCAACGAUGAAUCCCAGUCUUUUGACUUUAGAAUAGAGCAGCUGUUCUCAAUAGGCCAAAAAAGAGACUGGAUUUUGUUGCUAAUUAAUAUGA